UAUAGGGCCGUACUCCGGCAUCUCCGACGGAGCGUGGUGUCUGGUUCCCGGCCCCGAGGUUAUGCACUGGGGUGAUGGUUUCGCCGGCUGGCGCCAGGCUCUUCCCGCAUUCGGGAGGGAACCCGUUCAUCAGCCUCCUCCUCUUCCUCCUCCUCCUGCUGCUCUGGCCCGGCAGUGGGUCUCUGCCUCGCCGCCGGCCCGCGGGGCCGCCCGUGGUGUUGGUUCCGGGAGACUUGGGCAAUCAGUUGGAAGCAAAGUUAGAUAAACCAUCAGUAGUGCACUAUCUCUGCUCUAAGAAGACAGACAGUUAUUUUACACUCUGGCUGAACUUAGAAUUGCUUCUUCCUGUCAUCAUUGACUGCUGGAUUGAUAAUAUCAGGCUGGUAUACAAUCGAACAAGUAAGAUUACAGAACCACCAGAUGGAGUGGAUAUCAGAGUCCCAGGUUUUGGGCAGACAUUUUCUUUGGAGUUCCUUGACCCAAGUAAAAGAAGCGUUGGCAGUUACUUUUAUAUGCUGGUCCAGAGUUUAGUAGACUGGGGCUAUAAACGUGAUGAAGAUGUAAGAGGAGCACCUUAUGACUGGCGGAAGGCACCAAAUGAGAACAGAGACUAUUUUGUGGCUCUUCGUAAGAUGAUAGAGUUAAUGUAUGAGCAGUAUGGAAGUCCGGUUGUCUUAAUUGCCCACAGUAUGGGUAACAUGUACACCCUCUACUUUCUCAACAAUCAGACUCAAGAUUGGAAAGACAAGUACAUAAAGGAUUAUGUGUCAUUAGGCGCUCCAUGGGGAGGAGUGGCUAAAACUCUCCGUGUGCUGGCUUCAGGUGACAACAACAGAAUACCUGUUAUCAGUUCACUCAAGAUCAGAGACCAGCAGAGAUCAGCGGUUUCCACUAAUUGGAUGCUCCCGUACAACUACACAUGGCCUCCAGAUAAGGUAUUUGUGAGAACACCUACAGCUAAUUACACUCUUAGAGAUUACCAGAAAUUCUACAGGGACAUAAAUUUUGAAGAUGGCUGGCUCAUGAGACAAGACACUGAACCCUUGGUCUACCGGAUGACACCACCUGGUGUGCGCAUACACUGUCUUUAUGGUACUGGUGUGGAAACACCAGAUUCCUUCCAUUAUGAAAGUUUUCCAGACAAGGAACCCAAGAUCUUUUACAGUGAUGGGGAUGGUACAGUAAACUUACAGAGUGCCUUGCAAUGUCAAAAGUGGGUGAACAUGCAAAAACAGAAAGUGGUGGUUUUUGAGCUUUCAGGAAAUGAGCAUAUUCAAAUGCUAUCCAAUGAUACUACUAUCUCCUAUGUGAAAAAGCUACUUUUUGAUUUGUGACACCUUGUGUUCUUUUCCUCACCUGUGAUGCCUUCCCUUAAAUAUGGGGAAAAUGCCUUUUAAUCUCUGGUAUUUAGAUAUUUGAAUUAUUUAUUUUGUGGGGAUUUUUUUAAGGCUCUGUUUGAGAAGUUGUUUGGUGUCCUAAAUGAUUGUUUGUCUCUGAUUUGUGUUUAUGAUGCUUCAUGGUAUUUUCAUGUUCUGCAGAUUUGGUCAGAUAAGCAUUUUGGUGCCUCUGGUGCUUGUGUCCAGUAUUAUACAGCCUUUUGCUUGGAGAUUGUGCAGCCUGUGCACAUACUAAAUUGUAUCAGAUGCCUGAGUUCCUGUGUGUGACUGUCUAUUUGCAGGGUUUGGAGUGAGAGGGCAAGGAAAGAUUGCAGGUUCAGAUGCCCAUAAAACAAGGUAAUGAUACUAACAAUUGAGAAGCACAGUAGACUUUUUAAAAUGUCUUCCAUAUUCUCAUUCACAGUUUCCAGCACUUUACUUUGUAAAUGUGCACAUCUACUAGGUAAAAUAGGGAAGACCUCUGCCUGGUACUGUACUACCUUUGUCAUAAUCUAGACAUGCUUUUAUUACAGCUUUUUGGGAAGAGAGAGAGAUGUGUAAAUUACUUCAAUUUCUUAAAUACCUUUAAUUUAUAUUUUUUUCUUUUUAAGAAGGAAAAAUUUUUUGCUUGUGAACUUCGAGAAUGUGAUUAUAUAAAAUCUGGAGCCUGAAGAAUUCUCAUCUUGUGCUUUAUUUAUCGUAGAGGGAAAGAAGCUGAACAGUGGUUGGUGCUUGCAAUAGCCUUAGCGGUGUGGAGUAGUAGAUAAAUUAAAGCUAAUUGAAUGCUGUCAAACAAUCCCUGUGGUGCAGAAUUGCAUUUCUGGGUGAAAGAUGAUCUCCUGUAGUAGAAAUGAUAAUGGAUGAUGGGCAUUAGUUCAAAAAGAAAAGUGAACUUCCUGAAAUGGGGUGAGGAAUAGAAGCCAGCAUAAUAAAGAAUGAAGUGUAUAAACCUUGUUCUCAGUCAGAUACUUAGGCUCUGAUCCACUUAUUGACCAAGUAUUAAUUGGACCAACACUACAUUCAGUUGAAAAUAAACUUUACAUUUUAAGACUGAAAUUCAUUUCCCAUAGGUUACAAGUCUCAUUGUUGCCGCUUCGAGAAGUUGGGAUACACUGUUUCUUAAAUCAUAGAAUCAUAGAAUAGUUAGGGUUGAAAAGGACCUCAACAUCAUCUAUUUGCAACCCCCCUGCCAUGGGCAGGGGCACCUCACACUAGACUGUCCAAAGCUCUGUCCAACCUGGCCUUGAACAUGGCCAGGGAUGAAGCAUUCACCACUUCUUUAGGCGGAUACAACUUCUUUAGAAAGAUACAACUUCUUCCUUGUAUCUAACCUGAACUACCCCUGGUUAAGUUUAAGCUCAUUACCCCAUGUUACUGGCAUUGUUCCACCUCUCAAAUGUGUGAAAGGCCACUCUGGAUUGCAUUGCUUCCCUCCACUGUAUCAACUAAACCACACAGCUUAGUGUCAUUGUCAAAUGUUUCUAUAAAUUGCUGAACAUGCAAUUCUGGUAAUUCUUACAGCACCAUUUCACUAAAUAUUAAAAAAAUUAAAAAAAAUCUAACUCUGAACUCCACAGAAAUGAUAGCCUAAAAGCUAUCAUAUUUACAGCCUUGAUUACAGAAGUCUUGUCGAAGAAAUAGUUGCAUUCAAAGAUUCUCUUUUGCUUGCUUUAAAACCAGUCAUCCAGAUAGACUCUGCUUAGUUUUCUGAAAACACAAUUCUGAAUGCUUCCAAAAUGCUAGGUCCUCCAAGGAAGGUGUUCUAAGAAGUUCAGGAACUCACCAGAACUAUUGAGGAUUUCUUACUUUGGAAACUGAAGUUGUCUAAGUGGUGAAGUUUUUAACUAUUUUAGUAACAAGCAUUACAUAUUUGCUGCCAUUAAAUGCAUAUGUUGAAAUGGCAGGCUUGGAAUUCUGUUAUUGUAGACUGCAAACACUUUAGUGCAGGAGAUAGGACUAAGGCUUUAUGUUUUGAUUCAAAAAUGACUUGUAAAUCCAGAGCAAUUUGAACUAGGAUCAUUGAUAAGCUAAUUAUCUUAGGUUUUUAACUUCCUUCAGUUUCCCCCUGCAUUUUCCCUAUUACUUUUGUUUAUCUUGUCCUCAGUUGCACAGAAACUUACUGUUCAGCAGCAAUAUUACCCAGACUUUUCCAGAAUGAGAACUUGGCUGCAGUAAGCCACUUGUAACUGGUAACUGUUGAAAACAAAAACAAACCCCUGAAACCCGCAAACUAAAAAGCACAACAACAGAAAACCCACAUAAAAAAGUUCUUUAGCCAAGUAUUCUGUUUUAUGUAGGGCUGUCAUCUGGAUAUGCAUCAGUCUUGUGUUCUAAGACUGCUCAAAGACUUCCUCCUGUGGUCUGACUCAAUUGUUAAAUACAUUGCUAUGUUACUAUUUUGCAAUGGGAUGAAAUUACAGAAGACAACUCAUCACAAUCUCUAUUUCUUGCUGAAGUAGAAUGCCUGUUAAUAAGCACUGGAAUGAGCGGAGCAGGAGGCUGUAUAGCAGGAUACUAACAUGGACAUGAAGGGCUGAGAAAAUGAAAUGUAAAUAGUUCUUAACCUGAUCUGGAGACUGUUUUCUAAGCUUCCAUUAAUCAGUGUAAUUUUCAAUUUUAUACUGAGAGUUUAGCUUCAGGGUUUUUUGUGAUUUGAAGUUCCAAAAUACAUGAUUCCAAAAGAUGCUUUUUCUUUUCUAAUUUUCUUUUUAACUACUUUUAAUAUUACUUUGCAUCCCAAAAGAGGUGGGGAGAAAAAAAAUCUGUCUUACCAGUUCUGGCAGCCUAGUACAGUGUUUCUGAAAUCGGUUGACUACAUCUUUUAACCUAAAGAUUUGUAAAUCAGCAUUCCAUUAGUGGACAAGCCCUGAAGUAUGUCUCUGUAAAUAAACUUGUGUUAGUUAACCUGGUAAAAUUAAGCUCAAAGUUUUACAGGGUGGGGUUUUUUUGUUUUGUUUGUUUGUUUGUUUGCUUUGUGGAUUUUGGGGGGGGUUGUUUGGUUUUUGUUUUUGCUGUUUUUUUGUUUUGGUUUUUGGGUGGGAGUUUUUCUGUGUUUUGUUCAUUUUGUUUUUAAUAUUGUUUGUAAUUAUAUAACCUUGUUGUGCAAGAGUAUGUGUACCUAAGUACUGUGUUAGAGCAAGCAUGGUGCUUCUGGUGAGAUAUGGUUUGUAUGUGAAGGUUUUCCAGUUUCAUGUCCAUAAGUUGUGAUUUUUCUUCCAAAUCAUCUUCAGCCUUUUAAUUUUCAGUUUCUUGCAUAUUAGGAUGAAGUUCUCAUUGAAAAGUUGAAUGCAGCAAGUAAACUCCAAUUCUAGUAAUUGAAAAUGAACUACUCCACUCAGCAUGUUGCAAAGUGCUUACUCACUAUGGCAUGUUCUCUACAAGGCAAGAAUCUUUAGCAUUACUGUUACAGGUCUGCUAGAGCUAUGUGCACUUGAGCACUCUAGAUUCUUAUGGGGAAGAGGUCUAAAGAAGUAAAUACAGGAGGCAAAUGUCUUCCUUAAGAGGAGUAACUGGGGUGCUUUGUCACACUACACAGCUGAAAUGUUUGAAUUUACUGACAUUUCUUUGUUAUACCCAACGUAUAUUGAUGACGUGUCUUUCUCUUUCCAUAGUUUUUACUUGUUUUUAUUCUUCCAGCAUAUUUUCAGAAACCAAAAAUUGUCUUGAGGACCAAAUGUGUUUCUUGUUUUUGACUUAAUGUAUAGAAAAUACUGAGGAAGCUUUUGUUGUAACACUUCGGAGGAGGUUCAGAGUCACUAUGUGAUUCUGUUUAAAAAGAGAAGGCUUCAAUAACUAGCAAUAAUUGCAAAGGACUUGCAGACCAAAGGAAGGAAUGUUUGGUAUUAAGGUAGUUCUUGGAGCACAGUGUGUUCAAGGCCCUCUUAAAUUCAGGGAAUGUUUGGCAAUGACUUUGCUGCUCUACACUUAACAGUAUUUUGUAUGGAAUGUAUUCUGAGACCUAGCAUUUUAUAUGCUCUUUUUGUGUAUGAAUGUGUUCAAUAGAUUUUGAAUAUUUUAUUGUCAAACUUUGAUAACAUAAUAAAGUUGAUCUGAUAUAGUUUGUCUCCUGA